AUGUCAAGUAACGGAAUACAUGAUGAAGGAGCGAUUGCCGUUUCUUCCGCGUUGCGUCUUUCUUCAAAAAUAAAGACCCUAAAUCUGCGGGCCAAUCGUAUUACAUUUUACGGCGUGUACAAGCUGAUUGAUGCUUUGGAACCUGUUUUGCAUUGCAUUUCUUCCGCCCUCGCGGAGAGUAUCAACGAGAGGGAGCCUGCUAAAGCCAAAGGUUUCGAUGAUACACAGAGCGUUUCAACAAAACUUUCAGUGCGUGAAAACUUGGAUAUUAGUGUGGAUGCUGUCGAUGAGAGUGUUGGAGAGGGGACUUCGCAAGUUAUACAGGAUGAUAAUUCUCCUGCAGAAAUUUACAAUGAGACGCUUCAUACUCUCUGGCUUCGGCAUAAUGAUGAUGUACCGGAUGAGCUUCUCAAAAUUGUGGAUACAAUUCUUGCCAAGAGGUUUCCUCAACCACCUCCAGGUAUCUCAAAAAAAAAGAAGAAGACUGCCGCCUCAAAACAGAAAAGCAAAUAG